AUGCAGAUUGCCAUAGAAUUCGGAUAUAAUAAUACCGCAUUCUUACACGAGCCAGUGUACCUGGAGAAAAUUGGCAAGAAUGUUCGGAAAUUGGAACUAUUUGGUGCGACCAAAGCGCAUAAGCCCUUGGCCUUUGAGGCCAUCCUAGGUGUUGCGUUAUACAUAUUCCAGGAGAACCCUCUUGACUCGACCACACCAGUACCUGCUCCGCGUGGGGGCACAGAAGCAGCGAAAUCCGCAUCAGCUGCCUUUUUGGAAUGCUUUAUCCAGUACAACGAUCUGGUCUUCCGCGCCGAAUAUGAUCCACUGCGUCAGGUUGGCGUUCUUCUGCUGCCGCACAACGUCCACAUCCACGGUCGAGAAACAAGAAAAGAUGAGAUACUGGCCAUACAGCCAAGCCUCUCCAAUGUCGAGGAUGUGAAGAAGAUGAAGGCAUCGUACCCAAUCUUGUCGAUCGCCACGGGAGUGACCUACACAUUGGUGGAUUUCACCAACAGCCCUAACCUUCUGAACCUUCUCGAAGCCGGUGAACCGCCAACUCCCGAACUCGAUACGAGCUGGAAACAACGAGCCGUUGACGAGUCAAUUGUUAGUCGCCACUAUGGUGCCGUCUAUUUUGUUCAGGACGAAGCCGACUUCACAGAGGAGCCCUACAUCACCAGUCUUCAGGUACGGGUAAUCCAGGAUGGUGUUGAACAGACUGCUACUGCUGGCGCAUGUUCCACUCUUGCGGCAUACUUGGCGCUGCAGAAGGGAGGAAAUAACUCAAGCCAUGCAUUUGCGAUGAAGCAAACCACCACAACGGGCCGAUCGAGCCAACUAUGCCUCCAGAUCGGGCUGGAUGAGAAUGGGACAAGCGUUAAGCGUAUCGUUCUCUCUGGACGUUGUACUUUGAUCAGUCAAGGAACCUUGAUGUAA